CGUGGGUUGCGAUGGCUGCGCGGCUGGAUGCGCUCUUGUUCCUCAUCACUUUGUCGGUGUUUCUGCACCUCUGUCCUGCGUCUGUGGCCCCGGGAGGGACACGUAAGGGACCGGCUGACUCGUGCGGAUCUAAGGUUGGGGAGGGGAUGCAUUAGCACAAAGGGCCCUGGGAAGAAUGAAUGUAGUUUGACAAGAUUCUAAUGACUGAGAUAAACAGAAAGAGCCCAAGGCCUGACGUUGAGACGGACAAAGAUAUCCGAGAAACCAUUCGCAGGACUCCGAUACAGAUCUGGGCUCUGCCCGGCCCAGCUGGAUUGAAUUUCUCUCCUUUAAUUGAUCCCAGAAUGCUGGAUUUAAUUCUCUCUGAGCCGAGAUCACAAGAGGGAGCGUCUGCGCUGAGCAAGAACACCGGGCUGCCCAAUGUCACCUUACGAUAUGACACUGCAGACUGCACUGCCUUCAUGAACCCAGGAGGGAAGCACCAGAUUGGGGAUGUACAGAACAUUACGGUCAGUCAGUUUGCCUGCAACGACCAAGUGGCGGUCUCUGUCCUCUGGACGGCCAAUGAUAUCGGCAUCGAAUACCUGAAAGGCUUCCGGGUGGUGGUGGAAGAGCUGAAGUCCGAGGGGCGAUUCUGUCAGCAAAUGGUGAUGAAGGAUCCCAAGCAGCUGAAUGUGAACUUCAAAAGAGUUGUAAUGGAAACUCAGCCGUUUAUCAACCUGAAAUUUGAAACAGAUUAUUUUGCAAAAAUUGUGCCUUUUCCCUCCGCCAGAAAUGAAAGUAAUUACCAUCCGUUCUUCUUCAGGACCCGCACCUGUGAGUCUUUGUUGCAGCCGGACAGUCUGACCUGCAGGCCAUACUGGAAACCAAAAAACGUCAGCGUCACCCAACAGGGCGUCAACAUGCAGGUGUCCUUUGACCGCGCCCCUCGGAAUUUCGGUUUUAACUCUUAUUCCGUCAACUACAAACUGAAGCACGAGGGCUCCUUUAAACAGAAGAUCUGCCGGCAGGUCCUGAACACGGACUACACCAAAUGCCUCAUCCAGAACGUCUCCCCCGGGGAAUAUGUUAUUGAGCUCGUGGACGACACCAACACGACGAGGAAGUUCAUGCACUACUCGCUGAAACCAGUGCAUUCCCCUUGGGCCGGCCCAAUACGAGCCAUCGCCAUUACUGUACCCCUGGUCAUUAUAUCUGCCUUUGCCACUUUAUUCACCGUCAUGUGCCGCAGGAAGCAGCAAGAAAACAUUUAUUCACACCUGGACGAAGAGAGUUCGGAAUCUUCUACCUACGCAGGGAGUCUCCACGUGGAGAAGCCGCGGCCGCGCCCCCGAGUCUUUCUCUGCUACUCCAGUAAAGAUUGUCAGAAGCACAUUAAUGUCAUCCAGUGUUUUGCCUAUUUCCUACAGGAUUUCUGCGGGUGCGAGGUUUCGCUGGAUCUCUGGGAGAACCUGAAGAUCUGUAAGGACGGGCAGCGCGAGUGGCUGAAGCACAAGAUCCGAGAUUCCCACUAUAUCAUCAUCGUCUGCUCCAAGGGUCUCAAGUACUUUGUGGAGAGGAAAAAUCGGAAGCACAAGGGGGCUCCCCCCGAGGCCGGGAAUGGGGAGAUCUUUGUCAGCGCCAUGGCGAUGAUCGGCGAGAAACUGAGCGCUGCCGGGGGCGAGGGGAACCCCGAGGAACUUGGGAAAUACAUCAGCGUCUAUUUCGAUUACUCGUCGGACUCGGACAUUCCGGGAAUCCUGGAUAAAAGCAAGAAGUACAAACUGAUGGACCACCUGCCCCAGCUCUACUACCACCUUUACUCCAAGGAGCUGCAGGACCCCGAGCAGUAUCCUAGCAACAUCAGCAAGCGCAACUACUUCCGCAGCAAGGCCGGCCGCUCGCUCUACAUCGCAAUCUGCAACAUGCACCAGUUCAUCGACCAGCAACCCGACUGGUUUGAGAAGCAGCACCUCCCGUCCCACUCCCCCACCCUCCACUUCCAGGAGCCCCUCAUGGACAAGUUCGACUCCGGGCUGGUGCUCAACGAUGUGAUGGGGAAACAGGUGGUGGAAACCGACCUCUCCGAUAAAAUAGACAUUGUGCCGCCAGCCAGCGCUCAGAAUAAAAGCGACAGGGAAGAGUCGGAGGUGCCAGAUGCAGCACCAAGUGUAAGCUCCGCCCUACAGCCUGUGUUACAUUCUGUUAAAGCCGUCACUCAGGCCGACAUGCCCAGGGAUUCUGGGAUAUACGACUCGUCCGUCCCUUCCUCUGAACUCUCACUGCCUUUAAUGGACGGACUGUUGGCAGAUCAGGCAGAAACGUCGUCCAUUACGGAGAGCGUCUCUUCUUCUUCAGGACUAGGAGAGGAGGAGCCGUCAAUCCCCAAAUCCGUGGUGUACGGAAUCUGCAAAGCGGAUCUGCACCUUCACACAGAGGAACUCCAGGCCAUCGCACCCUUGUAGCCCAUUCCGGUUUCUUGGUCCAGUCCUUUCCCUGUAUGGGACAGGGUGCCCCGCCCCGGCAGGGAAGAGGUUAAUAUGCACUGCCACUUUAAAAAGGCGAGAGCCCAGGAUUUGUGUAUAAGGGCGGGAUGUGACUGCUGAGCCUGAACCUACUUGAAUGAACAAAUCUGACCCUUCUGCCCGGUGACUGUGAUUGGGCGAAACCUGCCGGGCAUGAGAAGCACAAAUUAAGCAUUUAAUUAUUAUGGGGUGCACGGUGCGUCUGCUGUAUCACUUUAGGGGCCCCAACAUCCAGAAGAAGGGCUGUAACAAGUCUGAUAUUGUGCAUUUAAACUGGCAGCUCAAGUACUCAAGAGGUUCUGCAGCAGCUGAUUUCCCUGCCUGGUGCCGGGGCCAGUGAUGGACACAAACAAUGGUACAAUCAUGGGAGAACUUUAUAUCGGAGCAGCAACUGGAACGUGGUGUUUGGUCCUAACGCUCAUCAUGAGUCGGACCCUCGGCCCCAGCCCCCUCCCAGCCAUGCGCUUCUCACAGCGGCCAAUCAGAAGUGCAGCUAAGGUUGGAUUGAUAUAAAUGCCCCGGGUGCAUAGAGUGAGACGCUAGAUGUUAUGUCUGCCCCCGCAGGCCAGAGCAGGUAUUACAUGGCAUUUUACAGUAUAUACUGGUUAUGCACAAAUAUACAGUCAAUAGGUGGUGUAGAACUAUCUGCAUACCCAGUAUAUACUGUAUUUGGGUUACUGAUUGUGGGGGUACCCUUGGGUUAUUUGCACCUCUAGGAAAGAAUCUUUUCAAAAAAAGUUUUAUUCUUGCUGCUGUGCCCUCUAUUGAUCUGUAUUAUUACAUGCCAUUCAGUGAAACCAGAAUUCACUCGCUAUUUGCCCUUGAAAUGGGCGGCGACUGUUAAACAUUCGUGGUGCUGUUUGUCUUUCCACAACAUUAUCUCCUUCCUAAUCCCGGUGCCUUAUUUACUGAAACCAUCGAGUGUCAGCCCUGUGGUCCUGAUACUUACGAGUAACAACCAUUAAGCCUCUAUAGAAUGAGGUUCAACGACCCCCCUCCCAUUGCAGUUUCCUAGCGCUGGUCACUGGGAAGACUCCACUUCUGGGACAAUAAGAGGGACCAGCUGUUAACAAGCAGCCAGAUAUUAGGGCUUCUUACAUUCACCCCCUUUUGGACUUCAUUAAAGGGCA